CCCGGGUCAUAUUAUGACCCGGCCCCUAUGGUGCUCUGUUUGAAAAAUUGAUGGUUCCUACCCCCCUGCCCCCUACCUGCCCCCCUAGAACCGUUUUGUUGAUUUUUUGCUAUUAACUUUACUGUUCCUUUAAUUCAUUAUUGCUUCCUCUAUCCCAAAAUCAUCUUCCCACUUGCCACUUUUUGUUGUCCCGAAAUCUUACUCCUUACCUCUUUGAAAAAUUUUUCUAGUGAAAUGAUAUUUGCACCCAUCAACGGCCCAAGUGCCCAAUAUAAAUUUCACUCAUCUUAUUAAAUAGUCAUUUCCUCGGAUGAAUAAAUACUCUGGGAUACCGUUAACCCAAUUGCUGACCCACUCUUAAAAUCUGUGUCAUUUUCACAUAGGAACAUCAUUUUGGAAAGGUGAGUGUUUUUAUAAGUCCCAUACUAAAUUUAUUUUUGCUUCUUAUCUGAUAUCCACCUUGGAUGCACUAAACUUAUGCUUAAAAUAGUAAAACAAUGCAGGAAGAGCUAAAACUUCUAUGUUCCUCCUUUCCAUAUCAAUUGCCUUAUAGUUUCCCAUUCCUAUCCACUUUGGCAAACAUUAUUUUGAGCUCCAUUUUUGAACUUUCGAAAACUGAGCUAUUUUGGUACAAGUAUUGUGAAAAGCCAAUUUUCUAUCCGUACGUAUACAGAUACUCCCUCUGUCCCUCAAUGAAGUUUUACACAUUUCUAUUUUGUCUAUCACACAAUGAAGUUUACACUAUUCUUUUUUUUUGUCGUGAAAUGAUCUGCACACUUCUUUCAUUUCCUUUUUAGGAAAAGAAUACCGUGGGACGGAGGGAGUAUAUUUUUUGCAUCUAUGUUCUUGGCUCGUGUACAUUGCACUGUGCCUUCCUGAAAUCUUAAUGUGAUGUUUCUUUGUGUUUGAUGCUUCUGUGAAGUAGUUUCCAGCUAAUUUUUUGGUUUCUUAAACCACGGAGUAACUCUUGUCGUGAAACAAGGUACUCUUGUUUGCAGUUAAAGUAAAUACUCUCCGUGCGCAAAAGGACUUCACCCGAAGCAAGAGCUUGACUGUUUCUGUUUUCUACCAUAACUUCUUGCUUUCCUGUCUGAUCAUUUACUGUAACAACUGAUUAUAUCUCUCUUUCAAGUUCUUCUACUCUCUCUCUCUCUCUCUCUGAAUUCCCUCCAUUCUAUUUAGGCUCUUAUUUUUCUUUGUAUGCUAGCGCCAUACACUUGGAAUGUUUUAGGUUUGCUUUCUAGCUUCGAUAACCUAUUCAUAGUGUAUGCUAGGAAAAAUAUACUCUUGUGUUAGCGUGUAGGUUCAACGUGUCAUAUCCUUACAUUGGUAUUCAAAACAAGGUGGGUAGACAUAUGCAAUAUUCAAAACAACAUCUCAUUAUGGGUUUUGUUUCAUCUUCCAUUGCUGCAGAAAUCCCACAUACCCCCCCACCCCCCACACCCCACCCCUCCCCCCCCACACACUUUCUUGAGGUUCUGUCUAGCUCCAAUCAAUCUCCGACUAGAGAGAGAGAGAGAGAGAGAGAGAGCUUUAGGAAAAUCUCUAUGCUUGUCCAACAUGAUUGAGUAGAACACUUUGAGGAGUAUGAAUUAGAUUUGUACAAGUAAUAGUGCCCCAUUAUUCUGUGGUUUUGUUUGUUUAUUUAUGGAUUGAGUGUAAGUAAAUACUUCUUCUGGGUUUUGCUUAGAUUCAGUGUUCUUACAUAAAUUAAACAUUCUUGCAUUGAUGAAUGAAAUGCAUAAACCAGCUGCGUCUAGGAGCUGAUUAAAGAGAAAUCGCUCCGUAUAACAAUGGCGACGAGGAGCUCUCUGCAGCUGGUAUUCAGCAGCAUUUCCAGAGGAAGCAUUCGGAACUUCUGUAACGCCGCCCGAGCCAAUGCGGCGGCGGCGGCGCCGUCAUCUUCUUCCCAGCACCUCAUGGAUUUGGAGUCCGAGUGCAGCGCUCACAAUUACCAUCCAAUUCCCAUUGUUUUUUCUCGAGCGAAAGGAUCAUCUGUCUGGGAUCCAGAAGGGAACAUGUAUCUUGACUUCCUUUCAGCAUAUUCUGCUGUCAACCAGGGGCACUGCCAUCCCAAGAUCAUGAAAGCAUUAGUAGAACAAGCUGAAAAUUUAACUGUUAGCUCAAGAGCAUUUUAUAAUGACAAAUUUCCAGUAUUUGCUGAACUUCUUACCAGCAUGUUUGGUUACGAAAUGGUGUUGCCAAUGAACACUGGUGUAGAAGGAGUAGAGACAGCUUUGAAGUUGGCAAGGAAAUGGGGAUACAUGAAGAAAGGAAUACCGAAAGACGAGGCUAUGAUCGUCUCAUGUUGUGGUUGCUUUCAUGGACGCACACUUGCUGUGAUAUCUAUGAGCUGUGAUCACGAUGCAACUCGUGGAUUUUGGCCCUUAAUGCAUGGCAAUCUUAAAGUAGAUUUUGGUGAUGCGGCUGCACUUGAGAAACUAUUCAAGGAAAAAGGAGACAAAAUAGCUGGUUUUUUAUUUGAACCCAUCCAAGGAGAGGCUGGGGUUAUAAUCCCCCCGGAUGGAUAUCUGAAAGCUGUUAGAGAUCUUUGCUCAAAAUAUAAUAUUUUAAUGAUUGCUGAUGAGAUACAAAGUGGGCUGGCACGAUCAGGAAGAAUGCUUGCAUGUGACUGGGACGGGGUCCGCCCUGAUGUCCUAAUAUUGGGAAAAGCAUUGGGUGGUGGAGUGUUACCUGUAAGUGUUGUGCUAGCAGACAAAGAUGUUAUGCUUUGUAUUCGCCCUGGAGAGCAUGGAAGCACUUUUGGAGGGAAUCCUUUGGCCAGUGCAGUUGCCAUUGCAUCUCUAGAGGUAAUAAGAGAUGAAGGACUUGCAGAGAGAUCUGCUCAGUUGGGAGAGCAACUCAGGAACCAACUAAUUAAGGUUCAGCAGAAAUUUCCUACAUUGAUAAAGGAAGUUAGAGGAAAAGGCCUAUUUGAUGCAGUAGAGCUGAAUAAGAAGGCCUUGUUCCCGUUGACAGCCUACGACAUAUGCCUAAAGAUGAAGGAGAGAGGAAUUCUUGCUAAGCCAACUCAUGAUUCUAUAAUACGCCUAACGCCCCCUCUCUCAAUGAGUGCCGACGAAAUCCAGCAAGGGUCCAAGGCGAUACACGACGUUUUGGAGUUUGAUCUACCAAAGAUGCAGAAAGAGAAGCCACCAAAGGUACCCCACACUGAAUCAUCUGAUAAUUCCUGUGACCGUUGUGGACGCAAUUUGUAUGCCGCUGUGUAGUAAAGGCAGAUUGCGUCCUCAUGUCCUCUGAUUGCCUUUGAAGUUUUCCGUAUGUUCGUGCCAUUGGUAGCCGUAUUUAGACUGAUUGAGAUUUUUUGAGAAUGCUGAUGCAAUUUGAACGUUGUAACUUGUUUCUGUGGCGCGAACGAGGCCAGUUUUCUAAAUAAUACGCAGUGCUACAUUGCUAUUUACUUCAAUUCAGUAUCAUUCACUUAGUUUAGUCCAGUGCAUAGAUUUAAAUUG